UAUUGUCAUUUGAAUAAUAUCCUUUUGAUGAAGUGUCAACCAGAUUGUUAAAACGAAAAAAUUAUCAAAUUCGUUCUAAAAACAAUUCCCCAAAGCCAAAUAUACUUUUAGUGUGUAAACAUAAACCUUGACAAUAACCAGAAGUGCUUCCAGUUAAAUUUGUCACGUUGAUUCGAUUGAAUCUGUUUAUUGUUGACAUCUUGCUGGCCAUAAUUAUUCUGUUUGUAAGAAGUGCUUCGAUUUAUUUAUACCUUGAAAUUCCGUUGAAACUUUAAAAUUGCAAUACCUUAAUUGGGAGAAUAACACAACAUUGAGUCACGAUGUCGAACGCUAAAUGUGGAAAACGAACCGAAAAGUCGCGGAAAUGCAAAUGCUGCAACACCGUAAUAUCAAAAUCGUUUCGAUUGAUCUACGACGAAGAAGGCAAAGAGCUGAACAUUGAAUUUCUAUUGCUCGACUGUGUUGGAAAGAAGGUGUCGGAAAAGAAUGGCUUGGAUCAAGCGAUCUGCACCAAAUGUCUCUUACAACUCCAGCAGAGCUACGAGUUCAAGAAAAAAUGUAUGGAGGCAGGUGAUAGUGAAGUCAGUGAAGCCAGUGAUAAUGAGAGUGAAUUUAUACUUUGUGACGUAUCCUCUUUGAAUUCGUUUAACAUCGAAUGUGGGGAACGUAUAACAGAAUUGAAUGAUCCAAUUGUGGUGAUGGAUGAGGAGUUUGUGAUUGACGAAACGUUUGAGGAAGAAAAUACGUUCGAGUUGAUCGAUAGAUCAUCAUUGGACACUAGUAAUGACAGUGAGAGUGAUGCUGAAAUCAAAUUUAUCGAAGUUAUUGAUAUUAUCGAAGAUACUGGUGCAGUAAACCCAGUCACAUCUCCUCAAGUAAAUGAUAAAUUGUCAACAUCAAUCACACUGCCGACUGUUAAGAAGAAAUUUGCCAAAAAUGCGCCAUCCCACCGCAUCAAAUUCAAACAAGAAAUACUUGCCGAUUCCAAGACGAUAGACGUGGAGAAAAUACGGACUUCGGACGACUUGGUCCAUAUACUGGAAGACGACUAUCACAGCGAAAACGACUCGAAUCGAAAACGUUUCACCGACAUUACGGACGAAUUUAAGAUUCCGAAAAUAAAAGUGGAAGAUUUUUGCGAUAACAUCGAGUAUUUGGAUGAAUCGAAACCGAUCGAUUUGGACGAGUACAUUAAAUUAGUCACGCUGAUCAGCUACGACGAGAAGAAAUGUUUUUUGACCGAGGUCAAAUGUGUGAUGUGCAACAACAAGGAAGUCAAACUGAAAAGUUUCAGUGCAAUCGUUCAACACAUGUACCACGAGCAUCAUGACAGCGACUUUGAACAAUUUACUUGUUUAAUAAACUCCCAAUGCGGUUCGUUUGCCAGCCUGGACGAUCUGAAAAAUCAUUAUGCCACCGACCAUCAAGAUAUUGUCACGCCAUCGUUGAAACUCAAAUGUGCAACAUGUGACACGAUAUUCGAUUCACCGAUCAAGUUCGGAAAGCAUAUAUGCCUGGACGAUUAUCAGAUAAAAGAUUCGGAAGUAAAUUUCAAGUGCUGCCUGUGUCGAAAACAGUUGGCUUCAAGAAAAAGGUUCCUAUUCCACAAACAAUUUCACCUCUCCAAUCAGAGACCGAAAUAUUGCUUGGUGUGUCAGACAAAGUACGAAGACGAGAAUAGCUUCUACGAGCAUGUGAUGUUUUCCCAUGAGCAAGUAUUUGAACACUUUUGUGCUUUAUGUGACAAAAGUUUCUCCACCGACGCCGAUCUAACCCGCCAUGAGAACUCACAUUCCGCUCAACGGAACUACGAAUGCUUGGAAUGCGGAAAAAAGUUCAUCGACAGUCAAACCUUAAGCGAACACAGUGUGGUUCACCUACCCGAAAAGCCACUCAAAUGUGAUAUUUGCGAAAAAAGUUACACGCGAAAGUCGCGACUACAGAAGCAUAUGAAGUCGCAUACGAUCUACGAGUCUUCCUCCUUCAUAAUAUGCGAAAUAUGCAACGCAGCGUUCGCAGACGACAUAAAUGCCAUAGAGCACCUUCGCACUUCACACAAUACUGGCGAUUCCGAUGAAAUUCUCUUCGGCUACGAAACGUACGACAAAGUUUAUGUUUGUGAAUUUUGUGAUUUAGCUUUCGGUACACCGCAAGACGUCCUUACACAUCGUGAAUCGCACACCGACAAAUUAAAAUUUGAAUGUCCCCAUUGCGAUAACAAAUACGACACGUUCAGCAAGAAACAAACCCAUCUGUUGGGCCACAAAUGCCAAAAUGAAUCGUACCCGGUAGCCAGACAUUACAUAUGCGAUCAAGACAAUUGCUUCAAAUCAUACAUCCAUUGGUCAAGCCUAACCGCUCACCGUAAAACUCGACAUUUGAUCAAUCCGUCGAUCAUCAAAUGCCCAGAAUGUCCGGAAACAUUCUAUCGCAGCUGGACGUACGACUAUCAUAAGAAAACUGUACACGGCGAAUGCGAAACGUGUCCCAUCUGUAGCAAAGGAUUCUAUAAGAAAAAGUCGCUGGAAACGCACAUGCAACGCGUUCACAUUGAUGAUAAGAAACGAUCGAAUAGUAAAAUGGAUGCAGCCGAGGCAAUGAUCGACGAUAUUGAUGGUACGAUCAGUUGUAAGGAGUGUGGUAAAAUAUGUCCGACAAAGUACAAUGCAAUGUGUCACAUAUCAAUGGUUCAUUUGAAAGUUCGGAAUUUCCAGUGCAACAUUUGCGAUAAAAGCUUCUAUCAAAAAUGUGAUUUGAAUGACCACUACCGACUGCACACGAAAGAGAAACCAUUUCGUUGCCAGUACUGUCCAUAUUCGUCAAGAAAAAGUUCGAUGAUAGCGAUGCAUGAACGGGCACAUACUAACGAACGACCAUUUCAAUGCCCAAGAUGUCCGUGUGCGUUCAAACGGUCAUACGUUUUGAAGAAUCACUUAAAAUAUCAUGAUGGAGUCAAAGAAUUUCAAUGUUCAAUCGAAACAUGCGGAAAGUUAUUCACUACGAACGCAGCUCUUAAUUAUCAUUACAAGUCAAAGCACAAUGAUUCGACAGCGGCUAAUGAAAGUGAGCCAAUGAUCAGUGACGAUAGUCAGGUUGUCGAAACAAAAUCACCAUCAGUCGAAGUUCCAGCUAAACGCGGUAAUAAAAGAAAAAUUCCGAAAAUCGUCUACGUCUUGCCGGGUAAGUUGGCGUCACAACCAGAAGAGACUCAAACUAAAAAGUCUCGAACUGGAAUUUCACAAAUUGACGUUGAAACUUUUACUACUAUGCCCAUUUAUAUCUUGGAUAAAUAAAUUCGUUUUGAUUGCUAAUUGCUAUGGAAUGAUUU